UCCUCGAUCGCCAGAAGGAAAGGGAACCGGGCCGAAUUGGGACCGUCGCGGCAGGAUUUUACGCAGCUUCGCUGUGGCCCGAGCUCACUUGCAGAAGGAAAGAUCAAUGUGGAAACGGAAUGGAACAGCUUUGUGAAUGAACACACGCAAAACGGCUGCGAGCCAGAACUGAUCAGUCCGUCCCUAGAAGACAGUCUUGCUACUGGGAUGGCAGGCUGGUUCAAGGCGCUUCUGCAGAAGUCCAGAAACACUUCCAACUCCUCAAAAUGCCACUUGAACAAUAUUUCUAAACAUUCGCCUUCACCUUCUCCGUUGAGUAGUUCCAGCACCCCAACAAGCAACUCGACAGCCAGCCCCAAACAGGUGCCCUCUGCCUCCCAGGUAAGCGUGAGCAUCUCAGGCAGCGCCCGCUGGAACAAGUUGUAUGAUGUGUGCAUCUGCCACAACGAGGGCGACCUUGGGUUUGUGGAGGAACUGGUCUCCUAUUUGGAGAGCCAGCCAGAACGCUUCCGUUGCUUCCUUCAGCCCCGGGACUCUGCCCCGGGGGGUGCCAUCGUCACGGAGCUGUGCGACGCCGUCCAGAACAGCCACUGCUGGGUGCUGCUCAUCACGCCCAACUUCCUCAAGGACCCUUGGUGUCGUUACCAAAUGCACCAGGCUUUGACGGAGGCGCCCAUGGCGAAUGGGCGCACCAUACCGGUGCUGAAGGACAUGGACCGCAAAGACUAUCCCCGGGAGCUGCGAUGCCUCUACUACAUCAGCGUGAUGCUCCAAGAGACCAGCUUCAGGCAAAUCAGAGAGACGGUGCUGCGCUAUCUUCAGGAGCUCUGUCAGAACACAAGCAGAAGAGGCGAACUGGACAUCCUUCAACAGAAUAAAGGCUGAGCCAAAGGAACAUCUUGUUGUGCAUCUGGGAUUGGUGAAGAAGUCUUCGUGGUGUUCUCUCUCUCUAGCGGACCUGGCCUGUCACACCAUUUGAAGGGCAGAUCCCAUCCUAGCUUGCAGUUCACAGUCCGGAAAGAGCACAAACUGGUUAUCAGUCUGGUGUGCUUUAUGCUCUGAUAGUCCUAACUGGAAUGAUUGUGUUAGUUCUGCCCACCACAAUCAUAGGGACACUAAUAUUAACACUUGGGCCGUGCUGGAAAAUAUUGAAGUGUGAGCUGCUCCAGUUCACAGUGCCAGCCUGCCAGCCCUGCCCUCCAUGCCAUUCCCUCUCAGCCCCCAAUUUCUCACCCUUUGCCACAACAGUAAUUUUGUGCCCAUUGUAGAUGCCAGGUUCUCAUUGUGCCCAAUUUAGCUUCUCUCGCCCCCAAAAACAAACACUUGAGUUUCUUCUAUUUUUAAGUUUGGGUCUCCCUCAAUGAAGGAUUUUUGCCCCAGAUUCCUCCAGAAAGCUUGUGACUAGCCAGAAAUUUGAAAGAAGUCGUAUCUGGCACAAGGUUUCAUCAUAGGCCAGACUGCUAAACUGUAUCUGAAAUUUGGACAUUAUCUGUCAUGCUUGGGUUGAAGGCACAUUCAUUUUUUUUCACUUGACUUUUACCAUAUACACCAGGGCAGUCCAACACGUGUACUGAGGGCCACACAUGGCCCUCAAAGCCCUUUUUGGCAGCCUUUGGCAACAUUUGAACCCCCUCCCCUCUCGUUUCCUUCCCAAAGGAGGGCGUGAGGGCUCUGAUAGGGUCCUAGCAUCUUCCUGCCUCCUUCCCAAAGGCUAGUUAGCACACACUCCCAGCUUUGGAAAGGAGGCAGGAGGGGUCUAGGACCCUGUCAGAGCCUUGCACCUCCUUUCCAAAGCCCAGCGCAUUGGAAAGGCAGUUUGAGGGCUGGGAGAGGUGUCAAAUGUUGGCCUUGCUCCAUUCACCCUCCUUGCACUGUGCAACAAGGCAGUGUGUGACCUGCCGGUUCCAUGUCGAAUUACCCUUGCAGCCCAGUUGGUAUGAAAGCUUGGACCACCCUGAUGUAGACCAAGACCAAAUGACCUUGUUAUGCUGCUGUUCAAGAUUGUAUAGGUGGGGAAACUUUUGCAGCUCAAAGGCCACAUUCCCUUCUAGGCAGCCUUCUGAAGGCCAUGUGUUAACGAUGGGCAGGGCCAGAGAAAAAGAAGAGGAGGAGUUUCGAUUUGAUAUCCCGCUUUAUCACUACCCAAAGGAGUCUCAAAGCGGCU